AUGUACGACACGGCAGGGUCUUUGGACCUCCAUUGCAUGAAACAGCAGAACCUGCCACGACGAUAUGAAUCCGAGGAAGAAGACAUCUCUGAGCCUGAGCUUGGGCAAGACCAUGCCUAUUCGCCCGUCGAGCCCCAGCGAGCAGCUGGCUCGUUCGACUCGGACCUGAGCGCCGACGACCUGUCCAACAUCGACCCGGAAUCAGACGUAGAGAGUAUCGAAGUUCCCCGGCUCCUGUCUCCCUACCCCUCGACUACCAACAAAGAAUCACGCCCGGUGUCGAUGGAUACAGUCAAGCGAAGCAGCAUGGCCGAUUCGCUCAUCUUCGACCACGAUGAAGACUUCAUCAUCGAGCUCCCUUCUCCCGGCUCGACUCCGCCAAUCCCGUCACCCUUCAUCCUUCAGCCUCGUGUGUAUGUGCCUCCGGCGACUCCGCGACCAGAGAGACCUCAAUCUCCACGGUCGCCUUCGACUGCUUCGGUCGUGUCGUCGGAUGAAGAAUCCGAUGUCAUGGUGGCGGAACAGGUCGUCUACCUGGAGCCAAUUAGCAAGCCAAGUAUCGUUGUCAUUAGCCCUUCUACAGUAGGACCAUCUUCACCGGAUGAAUCUACAGAGGAGAAUAAGCUGUGCGAAUUAAAUCAAACCGACGCAUGCCAGUUCCCCGAGGAGAAGGAUGACGAAGUCCACUCUCUCCGACAGUCUAUCGAUUCGGUUACUUCUUGCUACGACGAGCCGGAGCAGCUACAGGAAAAGCAAGAGGCACCGAUUGGCCUAAGAGAGACCUCACCACCAAGCCUGCGGUUCAGCGCCACCGCUCAGAACUUGUCUCAGGUUCCCGAAUUACAUCAGCUUAUCCCCGGUCGAACACGGUCCAAGUCCUUCUCACGCCCAUGGACCGCCAUUUCUGAAAAGGCCAAGUCUCGAUUUCCAACUGACUCGAUCCGACGGCCCCCUUCGAUGCGAAACAUCAGCACGACUAGCUUGCCGUUCUGGAAUUCGCGCACAGCAUCCCCCAGCGAGGAAUCUCACACCCGCUCCUUCUCCUUCUCUCCCACCUCCAUGUCCCACCCUGAAACGCGGCUGAGCGGUACAUCUUCGCGUACAUCGAGCCCGAAUCCAUACCAGCAGGUAUCGAUCUACAAUCGGGACCGAUCGGCCAGUACUGCCAGUAUCCCCGCAAACUGCUCGCCCUUGCGGACCCAUGCCGCCAAGCACUCGACGGCUUCUAGUUUCUACUCAACCAGUGGUUUCCAAGUGGAAUCGAACAUUUCCUGCAAUAGCCUUGAUUCUCAGGAGAAUGCUACAGACCCUCGAAAGAAGGGCUACCGACGAAGCAAACAACUCAAGAAGGAGGAAAAGCCCGGGCGAAGAAGCUUCAUGGGACUUCGAAUUGGAGGGAAACGAAAGUCCACCAACAAGCUUUACACCACAUGA